AUGUUUAAGCAAAAUGUGGUGGUGGUGAUGAUGCUUAUACUUGGUGUUAUUCUUCCACCACCGAUUCAAAGCUUGAAACUAAAAGCAGGGAAUUGGGGUAAAAGUUUUCCAAGAAAAAAUCAAGAAACAGAAACAAACCUUCAGUUUUAUUUCCACGACACAGUCAGCGGAAAAAACCCAAGCGUUGUUCAGGUAGCAGAACCAAUAGACAAGAGCAAACAAUCCGAUACACGUUUCGGAAGCAUCUGGAUGGCAGAUGACCCGUUAACAGAAACAUCAGACCCGAAGUCGAAGCUCGUGGGCCGGGCCCAAGGUAUUUACGCGUCGUCGGGUCAGCAUGAGUUCGGGCUUCUUAUGUCUCUGAGCUACUCGUUUGUUGAUGGGCCGUAUAAUGGCAGCACGUUUGCUCUGGUUGGGAAGAACUCAGCCAUGAACCCCGUUCGUGAGAUGCCGGUUGUUGGUGGCACUGGGCUUUUCCGUAUGGCAAGGGGUUACGCCAUUGCUAAGACUCAUUUGUUUGAUUUGACCACCGGUGAUGCUAUUGUUGGCUACAAUGUCACACUCGUUCAUUAG